GCGAGACAUUUCAGUUCUUCGACGACUGUCGGUCGAGUUGGUAAGAAGAUACGGAAGAAAAGUAACCGGGUAGAUGCUUGAGCAUGAAAUGCCAAACAUUUAAGUGACUUUGAAAAACGUUAUGUGUCUAAAGCAGACGAAGACGGUGUGUGCGCGUGUGUGUGCAGCAGAAGAAUUGCUUGCUAAAAUGACAAGAAAUUGUAUGAGAAAAAAUUGAUUUUGAGAAAUUGGAAAAUAAAUGCUUUUGAAGUAUAAAUGUAAUUGGAAAAUUAUAUUUUUUAAAGAAAAAUUAAUAAAACUGUGUGAAAAUUUACGAAAGCAUAAAACUAAAAAAAAUCAAAAUAUUGCCAGAAAUCGUGAAAAAACGUAAUAAAUCACAGUUUAACACACGCGUUUUUUUUGGUGUGCACAUUUUGUUUUUGUAAAUAUUUCGAAUAUUUUGAAAUUGUUGUCUAACGCAAAGUGGUGAAACAACCAAGCGAAGCAACAACAACAAAAAAGUAACGACAAUCAAACAAAAUCGUUUAAAUUUGUGAAUGCCAAACAAAUGCAAAUGCAAAUACACUAAAGAAAUAAAAUUAAAGUAAAACAACAACAACAACAGUAAAAUACUAAGGCAUUCAAACGAGUUUCCUUUUGGUACAACUUUAACGCGAGACUGACUGUGUCUUUGACGCGCCCGCUGCCCCUUUAAACACUCAUAUAUGUGUGUAUGUAUGUGUGUGUGUAGCAGACAGCAGUAACAACAACAACAACAACAACAACAGCAAACGCCAGAAACCACUUUUUUGCGUGCACAAUUCGCCUGCUGCAUUUCCUUCUUGAAACCACCAAACAGCCGUCCCUCUGCGACUGCUUCUUCUUCUUCAACGCGCAGCUGCAGUGCGCCGCACGUUUUUGUCUUUGUUUCGCGUGUAUUUGGUUUAUUAUUGGCCAUAAAAAUCGUUAAAAUACACACACACACGCGCCUAUAUUAAGAGACUGCGCGACUGUGGCAACAACACCAAAAACAACAAUAAUACUAAACGCUUGUAAAGUGUUGAAAAAAGGCAGCAAAGUAAAAAUAAAGUAACAACAAAAACCUGUGCAAUUGUCGGCGUUUAAAGUGCGAAAAAAGUACGAAAGUCGGAAAAAGCCGUUACGUGAAAAAUUCUAGAUAUUCUGUGUGCUUAGCAGAAAAAAGAAAGCUAGCCAGCAAAUUGAAUAACAAAGUUUCGUACGCAUAAUCUUAAACUCGUAAAGUGUCUGUCUCGACAGUGGGCGAGUUCGUGCGUCCAAACUGCAUUUCGUGUGUGAAAUUUAAAGAAAGCUCCUCCACUGCUCUGUGUUAAUCGGUGACUAAGUUUGUGCGAAAAUUUUGCGAAAUCAUCAACUGUGUGUGCAACAAAACGUGGUUGGGAUUUUUUUCGUUGAUCGUUGAGUCAACAGCAGCUGACCGCGGAAGGAACGCGAUUUCGGAAGUUUUAAAAAGGUAAGCACCAGCUGCCGUCUCCACUGCUCAUACCAAUUAAGCUAUUUUAAACGCUGCUUGUGAUUAAUUGCCAUUUGUCGUAGUCACAAUUAAAGAUUUUGCGACUCAAUCAACUAAUAUGGAAACUGGAUAGACACUUAAUUUGACAAUCUAACAACAUUCAGUUGAACCAAACAACAUGUAAACAGUAUUUCUAAACUCUACCAAAUCACACUUGGACACAUACAAAGCACUAUAUUAACUGCAGUAACAAAGAGAAAAAUAAAACAAAAACAACAAAAAUUUAAAAAAGACAAUACCCAACUCAACACACACGCUUUGGAGCUCACCCACUCGCGACCAGCGGCAUGUUUGGCCUAUUGGGCUCCUCGCAAAUCUAUGGAUUACAGCAAGUGCACGAGUACGGCAACAACAACAGCAAUCGCAACAACAGCGACAACAACAUAAGCAGCAACAACAGCAACGAGCAGACAAAUAACAGCAGCAAUCAGAAGCAACGGCGUUCCGCAACGCAGCACACGGAGAGCGGCAGCAAAUUCUUCGCCUCGCUCAGUUCCAUGCAACAGGGCAUACGAUCGCCAACGAAUUUCAUAGAAAAAUUCAUUAAAAACGAAUUGCUCAGCGGCUACGACAGCAUAAAGAACUACAAGAACUUUCAGAAUUCCAACAAUUCGAGCGGCUCGAACAGCACCUUCUUCACUGCAGCGUCCAACGAACGCGCCGCGACACCUGGUUGCAUCGGUGGUGGUGGCGAGGACGGUGAUAGUCUCAGCGCCGAGCGUCUGCUCACCACUUUCAAUUGCCUGCAGGGCAGCUAUCGCAGCAAUUGUGAUGGUGAGUUCUAUGAGCCGGUGAAUGUGACCGCGCAACGCAAGCAAGCAACAACAGUAACAACAACACAGGCGGCGACACGCAUUAGCGCGGAAGCGGAUAUGACGAUCAAGUACUCGAAGAACUUGCUCGCGAAUACGCCAGACGAACAGUCGCCCGCCACGCUGCAGAACUAUCAGAAGUUGUCAGAAUGCGAGCAAGAUCUGCUGUUGACGCCGUCGAGCGGCGCGAGUUCGGGCGAAUUCAACAGCGAUGCGAACGGUAGUGGUAGCGGCAGCGGCAGCGGUCAGGCGACAACGCCGGUGAAUAGUCUAUACAAGCGCUUGUCGUUUGGCGGACGGGGUGGCAAGAGUGCGACGGAUAAUGCGGCGACGACGGGGACGGUGAUAGCGGCGGCAAAUGAAAAUGUUUCCGACUACUCCUCGUCGAACAACUCAUCCGCCUCAUCGACACUCUCCUCCAAGGCGACUUCGAUGUCUCUGAAAUCCAUCGACCUGCAACGUACAUCAUCCGCCUCAUCGUCCGGCGAUUGCGCACCGUUGUGCGAACGUCGCAAAUCGUCACCUGUCGGAACCACGGCUGAGUUGAAUGCAGCCACGGUUACAGAGCUACAGUUGACACCGGAGCGCGCGCAACGACGCAAGCUCAUCGCAAUGAUCUCACAUUAUGAACAGCAGACGAAGCUGUUGCAACGCGAACUGGCCAAGGAGAAGCGACGUCGCGGCGAAGAGCUCGCCUGUGUUGCGAAGUCGCUGCUGUGUUUCGAGUCGAAACUGAAAAAGGAUAUGAAAGCCGUUAACCAUCGGCUCUUCGAGAAAGAUGUGGAAAUCUGUCGUUUGGUGCAACAGAACCGUGCAUUGCGUAAGCGGCUGUCGAAAUACACCGCAGCGGAGAAUGCACGAGACGAAGGUGUGGUUGAGGACGGCGAACCAGAAAUAGAGGGUGAGGUGGAAGGAGAGCGUAUCGGAAAAACUAAAAAAACUAAGGAAGCUGUGCUGGAGCGUCGUACUGCGUCUCCUGCGGCGUUUAGCGACCCACAAUUGCUGGAAGACUGUUUGGUACUCGAAGCUUUGCAAUGCAUUAAUUGUAAGAAGCAAUUCUAUGACAUUGAUUUAAAUGAGGGCUGGACACAGAAUACCUCGAAGGAUGGUACAAGAAAAAGUGUUGACCACACCACUGAGCACGGCUCAUCGAGUGAUGAUACAGUCUCAUCGUCGUUUUACGGAGCCCGGCGCAGUGUACGCUACACCAGCAAACGCACCUCCGGCACUUUUCGCGAUUAUAUGCGCUCGCGUGCAAUGAACAUCGACGAUCCGUCGUUGGACAACAAUUCGGAGGAGAACACGAGCACAAUCAGUCGCGAUGACUCGCAAACCAGCUAUGAAAAGCUCAACAUGUAUUCGCGCACCAUCGAACGCAUGCAUGGCGUCAAGGGCGAAAGUGAACGAGAAUCCGAGCAGAGUGGUAUAGAGGGCACGGUGCGACCGGCAUCGCGUCUGAGCUGCAAGAGCAGUGUUAGCAGUAAGAGCAGCAACAGUAGUUGCAGCAAACUUAGCGCCAAAGCAACGACACCACAGAUUGAAGAGGACGACGGCAUAUUUUCACCCACACAGGAUGAUGAGAUUGACUUCGAAGAACCGGAAGAACUUGGUGGACGCAGUAUUAAGAUUGUGAUGCGACGCUCUACCGAGUUUUCUGAGGCUUCGCCGAAACAAGUCUACGAGACCUCCACCGACGAUUGGUAUGCUAGUGCCUCCGAUCAGGAGGAAAUCACAACCACAACAGUCGUCGCCAAAUCAUAUGCCAAUGGCGCGGUCAAUCCGGUGCUCGAGUGUGUUAAUCAGAUACUGUUGCAACAGUCCAUGGAGGAGCCUGUAGCUGUGCGGAAUAACCAAACGACUGUUAAUGUAGUACAGAGUCUCCAGGUGAGCUAUAGCAAUGCCACCUCUAACGCCAACUUGCCACGUCGCAGCUCGCUGAGCGGACGACGCAGUUCACGUAGCAAUAGCCGUUCCAGUGAUGGCCAGCCCUCUCGUAAUGGCACCUUGACACGGAAGCGUGUACAUUUCUCAACGAAGAACAGCAUGGUGCAUGUGCCACGCAACGAUGAGCAUGAUGAGGAGGACGAAGAUGUCAAUGACGACGACACCACACAGGACACGCAAGAUACCAGCGAAGCAAUGAUCUCAAGCCUAGCGCAAUAUCAUCCAAUGAGUUACUAUCCACAAGCUGCGCAGCAGGCAGCAACAGCGAAAGCAGCCGCCGCCGCAGCCGGCACAAUCGCGCGUGGCGGCAUGCUUGCCGAAGUAAGCGAACACGAACGCCUCGAAACGCUAAACUACGAGAGUAUUUAUAGCAACGAAUACGAACCGAUUGGAUCCGAGCAUAAUUCCUCAAACCUCUAUGUCGACAUGGAAUCAGCUACCAAAUCGGCCGCGAAUAAUGUACCAAGCACUACAGCAGUCGUAGAUGCAAAAGUACUAAAAACACCGCCAGCAUUGCCACCGAAACCAGCGAAUCUGCUGAAGUUUAAAAAGUCACUACAACAGCUCGAUGAAUUGCCCGACGAGCAUCUGCAUCAGGAGGGGCACACCGUAGUUGAGCCUGAUUACUGUUCCAUUUCGGAGGUGAAUAUGGGCAUAACGAGUGUGCAGAUUGUCGCCGAUGUGCAUAAGGUGCCCGAGUCGGAAGCCGAUUUAGAGUCGAACUCUGCGCUGGAAGCGCCCAUCUCCGAACUAGACGUCGAAGUAUCGACAGUUGCCUCUGAUGAGACAUUCGCUGUCUCACAAAAGACUGAUGAAAUCGAAGAGAUUUUCGCCGAUGUACCAAAGCUACCCAACGUGGCGGCCAUUAUAGCGCCGAAACAGGCAAAAAUGCCAAAACAACAGCCGACUCUAAAACGGAACUUGCCGUCAAGUGAUUACCUGGUAAUGUCACCCAAAGUGGAGACACCCAACAUGAAGUUGCAAAAUGCGCGCAAUGCGACCAUAUUAAAUACGGCCUCAGCCACGAAGCAACAGAUCACCUGCAUCAGCGCCAAUAACAGUAUGGAGGGCACACCUAAAACAAUUGCUAAACCCACCGCAGACUACCUGAACACACCGUUAAAAUCGCCGAAUCGUCCGGAUACCAGUGCGCUCAAACUGCACCUACACACACCCAGUCCACUGCAAUACAAACGCAAACAUAUGCCGAACAUACUCGCCGAAAUCAAUAAGCGCAUGAGCUUACCAAGUUCACCGACAACCCCCACAGCACGUCUGACCUUCGCCACACCCACAAAGCCGGUCACCGCCAGCAAAUCGCCACUGCAGCUGGGCGUCAACACACCGCCGAAUAUGCCAAUGCAAGCUGAGUUCGAUUGGUACAAUUUGGAUGCCGAGUAUGGCAAGACCUCCAUGCAACAGCCCGAAUUACACAAGGUAAGCGACUCGCUCAACAACGGCACUAUGCUCGCCGGCAUACACGAAGAUGGUGAAAGUUUGGCGACAGCAGCCGACGAAUACAACUUGGAUGAGGAAUUCUCACUCGCAAGCGAUAAACCGGACGAAAUGAUGGCCGACAACAGUGAGCAGGAUAAUGAGAGCGCCGAGGAGAAGAGUGAGAUAAGUGUCGUGGAUACGACGAAACCACUGCCGUCAAGUAUCAAGCUCUCAACACAACGUGCGGAGAAUAUGAAAAUUGAAAGUGUCAGCGCUUUGAAUGCCGCCAUCUGUGAGGCGGUGAACUUCCCGAUGUUCGGCGAAAGUUCGCCGCUAGUUGCGCUCUCACCGGCAAUCGCGCAUCAUCAUGCCAAGGCUAAGAAGAUAAAGAAGAAUUUAGCUAACUUUGAGAAAUUCAUCGAGGGUUCGGGUUUGAGCACCAAGCCGCUGCCGAGCAAGCGAAAAAUCUACUUUGCUGGACCAUUUGUGUGAAAUGGAAACGAAUGGCAGGGAAGAGAGUACGCCUAAAAGAGGAAAGAGGAGCAACCGACAAACAACGAAGUACACGCGAAAUGUGUAAAGGGAGGAGCGCAGACUGCGAACUUAUGCAAUUCGCGUGCCGAAGUGAUCUACAUAUAUGUAUAUGUACAUACGAAGUACAGAGAAAUACGACGUGUUGAAACAUUUGCUUAGGUUGAUUAAGUUGAUUUUUGUUUGUGUUAUUUUUAUAGUUGGACUUAACAGCUAACUUAAGUAAACUUUCUUAUGAUCUUAACUUAACAAUUUUAUACGAUUUUUGUUAUUGUAAUUUUCGAGUACAUUUCUCAAACGUUCAUUUCCAUGUUUUGCGUAAUUUUUAAGUAUUUUUAUGGUAUUUUAGUUAAGCGUUUACUAUUUUAUUUUUUAGUAAAAAUCAUGGAUUCUGUUAAGUAUAAGACAAUUUUCUGUGUUUCCUGUUCAUUAAAUAUAAUUUUUUUUUAAUUACAUACAGUUAAAUUAUUACUGAAAUAUGAUUCGCAUAUGGCUCUAUAUGUUUGUAUGUUUUUUUGAUAAUUAGUUUUAAUUAGAAUUUUUUAAUUAUAAAAUUUCAGCUUUUGAUAGCGAUCUAGCGUUUAAAGCGACGAAUUGUAUUAGCAUCUGUAAUGAUUUUUGUUUGAAGAAAUAAAUAAAAGAAAUUUCAAAACACCCUGUA